AUGAAAAUGAUGAAUAUCAACAUAUUUUCUUCUAAAGAAGAAAAGAAAUUAAAUGAAUGUGUUGAUUUAUUUGAUUCAAACGAAUAUCCAAUUCAAUUAAUAUUCACAAAGAAUGGAGGAUAUUCAUCACAACUUUCAUACAUUGUUGAGAAAAUGAUAUCACCAUAUGAAGAUACCAAUUAUAUUACAGUAAGAAUAUCAGAUUUUACAGAAGAUAGAAUGAAAAUAGAUUAUAGUAUGUGUGUACGACCAACAAAUGUGAACUGA